CCGGCGGCGGCGGCUCCCGAGGACGGGCUCUCGGACGAGGACGAGGCCGUGGCCAACGACCUGGACAUCCACUCCCUGAUCCUGGCGGGUGUACCGGCCGAACAAGAGGACCGCCUCAAGACGGCCGACGAGGUCAUCAAGGAGAUCGACGACAUCAUGGAGGAGGGCGAGUCGGACGACUCGCCCGAGCUCGAGUCACCGGACUCGGCGAUCGGCGAGGCACGAGAGCGGCCACCGCUGGCCUCCAGAGAAAAGCUGGAGGCCAUGACGUCGGCCGAACUGAACGAGAUGUACCUCGACCUGGAGCUCAUGAUCAAGGACUACUCGGAGGUGCUCAUCAACGAGCUGGCCUUCCGUGACGAGCUCGAGUACGAGAAGGAGCUCAAGAAUCAGUUCAUAUCUCUCCUCCUGACAAUUCAAAACAAGCGGAGACAGUACAACGUGGAGAAAAAGAAGAAAAACAAGAAUGGGGUUACUCUGGAUGCUAAAUACCUGACCACGGUCAUACCGUACAGCGUGGGUACCCGAUGCCCCGACAACGCCACGCUUCAGAUACUCAUCAAAAUCCUGCGGGCCAUCGACGACGACAGUCCGACAGUGCCCACCCUGCUGACCGACUACAUCCUCAAGGUGCUCUGUCCCACAUAGAGCGGACGCCACGGCCCGCGGCGGAAUCGGCGCACUGAGACCCGGCCCGAUCGACGCGCCAUCUAUUUUUGUGCGUGUGUGUGCUUGUGUGACGUCACGCCGCACCGGCGCUGACGUCACUGGCGGGAGGGCGAAGAGGGAUGCCGCGCGGACAGCGCUUGCUUGGGCCUGUGCAAUAGUCAGCUUGUGGCGCUCCGACUCGCUGACGGGUGGUAGUAGUUGCCGAUCUGACCACGUGGCGGCGCCACUGGAUGGUAGCGUAUGCGUCGGCGGACGGCGCCUCACGGCUCUGGCUUUAGCCACGUCACAAACCCAGGCAUUUGUCUCUUGCAUGCGCGAAAUGGCUGAAUGCUGUCUCUCUAUCGGGAGCUGUGAAAUCUCACGAUAUUCUACUUGUAGCUUAUUUAUUUGUAGGUGGAUAGAACAAUUUACGUAUAGGACCUUAGAGCUUUGUAAACCGCUGCCCGAUCGCCUGUGACGCGAGUGCGUUGCUGUUCGGUUCGUGUUAGCGGUAGAUUUAACGGUCCGUUUCGGAUAAGAUAACGACGACCGGUUCUGCGAUUCGGUUUCUGUGAUCAUUCGUCUGCUGUGUGUCGGCGCCGGGUGUGAUACCAAAGAGAUUCACCGGGAAGAGCGCCCGGCAUACUCGCUUGUGUGGGCGGCGUGGCGCGGCCGUCCGUCGCCGCAGCUCGAGGAAGUGUGCCGCUGCGGGCGUCGGGAGAUUUCGGUAGGCUAUAGCCGCACAACCGCUCCGCGUCGCCGCCCGGGCCCGAGCGCGCCCGGCGGUCGCUGGGCGCGGGUCCCCACUUAGGUGCGCGCCGCGGGAACGCGCGUCGCGACCUCUCGGGGCGUCCGCCGCGGUCGCGAACGGGUCAGGUCGGCCCGGCCGCCCUCGGCGCACGACAGGUGUCACGCGGCGGCUGUCGCUCUGCAGCCGGACGGCGUGGGGAGGCCCAGGCGGGCUCGGGCCGGCCAGGCGCCCGCGGAUCCGCCGCAGCCGCGAUGUUUGCCGUCAAUCGGACGGCUCGGUGUCGACGGCGUCUCGCGCGCCGCCGGGUCGCCGCUGUCCGUGUGCUGCGUCACACAGGGCAGUCGGUACUCGCCCGUGCUGUCGCCUGUAACACGACCACCGCUGGCAAAUACACUCCCCGC